AUGGAAGCUUGGCGUCUCGCCGACGACAUGAACGAUGCCAUCGACGACUUCAUCCUCAGUAUGAAGCGCAGCAACGACGGCAAGCGCUUCAUCCAGGCCAAGAUCCAGCCCAGUCCUUUCGAGGAUCUGAAGAAAAGAGCCGUUGAUGUGUCGGAGCGGUGCCGCAACAAGUGGAAGAUGGAGACUGCCCACACCACCGUCUCGAACUUAUCUUCAAGAACAAAAUCCACUGUCGACUCAUGUCCUGCCAAGCGGCAUCGAGUCGUUGAUCCCUAUGUCCACAAGGACAUCUCAGAGCUCGUGUGGAUGGUCAGACCGAGAGAUAAGCUCAUUAAACACCUAGUAGGAGAAGAGAAGAGCACACCGAAGAUCAAAAUGGCAUCCAUCAUUGGAGCUGCCGGGGUGGGUAAAACAACACUUGCCCGCCUUGUGCAUGAAGCGAUUGAAGAUAAGUUCCAAGCACAGGCUUUUGUGUCGAUCACUUCAUGUCAUAAUAUGACGGAGGUUCUGGCCAGCAUUCUCCAAUAA